AUGAACUCAGUCCUGAGCCCUUUACUCGGUGACCGUCAGACCGGGACUACCCCUACGCCACUACUCGAGGAGAACGAGCCCCUCAUUCCGCGGUGGAGACGAUCCGCCCGCAACUUUCUAGCUGGACGAUGGGGCCAUUUUCUCGUGCUGGGCCUGGUCACCGUCGAUGUGUGCUGUACCUUUACGGAUUUUCUGAUCCAGUUACAUGUCUGCGAGUUGAAGCAUCGGUAUGCGCGUGUGGACCGUGGCUGGGGCAUCGCGGAGGAUGUCCUCAGUAUCGCCAGCCUGGUGAUUUCGUGUCUGUUCAUGGUCGAGUUGCUUAUUUCGGUGUUUAGUUUUGGGAAGGGAUACUUCUCAUCCAAAUUCCACAUCUUCGACUCCCUGGUCAUCAUCGUUGCCUUCAUAAUCGAAGUCUUCCUGCAGGGCCUAGUCGAGGAAGUCGGCUCGCUGGUCAUCAUUUUGCGUCUGUGGCGCGUGUUCCAGAUCAUCGAGGAGCUACAGUCUGCCAAUGAAGACACGCUGGAAGAGUACGAAAAUGAUAUUGAACAGCUUCGACAGGAGAACAACCUGCUUCGGCGGAGGUUGAACUUGGAAUCUGAUGGAAGAGCAGACGUGGAGUGA